UGCUGGACUAUGCCUUUAAGGACAGCACCACUGUCGAUACCCGACAUGAGACGUGAGGUCACAGGCAGGAAACAACAGCUCUGACUGGCUGUCAUCGAUCGCUUAAUCAGGCUUGUUUAAGAUCGUUUGUUGGUAACCUCCAUCAGUUUAGACAGAAGCUAAGUUAAAAUGUAGAACAGGAAGCCUGGGUGGCUACCACUGAUCUAUAGUGGUACCAGGAAAACUGUCACCAACGGCAAGAAAAUUCGUUUUCCUUUUGGCCGAUAGACAUCCGGAGCAGCAAUGACAUAUUUGAGCGUGAAAUUGGGACGCAUUCAAAAGUUCAUCUGUGAAUGUAGCCUUUACACAUUCGUGUAAUAAUACGCUGUGACAUGCUGCCUUUAGAUCAGUCGGUUUGACUCCUUACUAAUUGGAUAGCAAGAAAAUCCGAAACACAUCCGCUGCCACGGCAGUGUCUGCUGUUUCCGUUGGAAAAUACUCAAAAUUCAAAGGUAGAAAUUAAUUAUAUUCAGUCAUCAUGUUAUCCGACACACAAAAUCAGAACGAGACUGGGUUUCCGUAUCCUCAGCAACAGCAGCAGCACGCGCUAAACCAGCAGAAUACCCAGGUAAAACCGACCGCCCAAGUGAAGAAGAACGCGAUAACUGAAGACUACAAAGUUACGGGUCAAGUGCUUGGUCUGGGCAUAAAUGGCAAGGUGCUGGAAAUAUUUCGAAAGAGCAACGGUGAAAAGUGCGCAUUAAAGAUGUUGCAGGACUGCCCGAAGGCCCGGCGGGAAGUCGAGCUCCACUGCCGAGCCUCCGGUUGCCCUCACAUCGUGGGCAUCGCUGACGUCUACGAAAACCUCUACCAGGGCAAGAGGUGUCUCCUCAUGGUCAUGGAAUGCAUGGAUGGGGGUGAGCUGUUCAGUCACAUCCAGGAGAGAGGGGACCAGCGCUUUACAGAGAGAGAGGCCUCAAACAUCUGCAGGGGUGUUGGAGAAGCCAUCCAGUCCUUACACGCCAUCAAUAUUGCACACAGGGACGUCAAGCCGGAGAAUCUCCUUUACACAUCAAAACGACCGGAUGCUGUGCUGAAACUUACAGACUUUGGGUUUGCCAAAGAGACAACUACACACAACUCCCUGGCAACACCCUGUUAUACGCCUUACUACGUUGCCCCUGAGGUCCUUGGUCCAGAGAAAUAUGAUAAGUCCUGUGAUAUGUGGUCCCUGGGGGUCAUCAUGUACAUACUUCUGUGUGGCUACCCUCCUUUCUACUCGAACCACGGUCUUGCCAUGUCCCCCGGCAUGAAGAAGAGAAUCCGCAAUGGCCAGUAUGAGUUCCCCAACCCUGAGUGGUCUGAUGUGUCAGAGGAAGCAAAGCAGCUGAUCAAGCUCCUGCUGAAGACAGAACCCACUCAGAGGAUGACCAUCACAGAGUUCAUGAACCACCCCUGGAUAAACUCAAUGGAAGUUCCCCAGACUCCUCUCCAUACAAGUCGAGUCCUGAAUGAAGAAAAAGAUGUUUGGGAAGACGUGAAAGAGGAAAUGACCAGUGCCCUGGCAACAAUGAGAGUAGACUACGACCAGAUCAAAAUCAAAACGAUCGAAGACUCGUGCAAUCCGCUUCUGGCAAAGAGGAGGAAGAAAGCCGGCAGUGCAUCAUCAGAGCCACCAGGGCUUUGAAACGCACACACACACACACACACACACACACACACACACACACACACACACACACACACACACACACACACGUGUGUGUUUAGUAUGAUCUUAAACACCACUACUGCACAUCCAGCAAUAAAGUUCAUAUUUUAGGUAUGGACGAUUACGUAUUGCACCCUGUGAGCAGACUACACACUGACUUUAUUAUGUUAAGAUGUUUUCACUGAAGUUUUAUAAUCUUGUUGCUAUGAUGCAUAAUCAUCACUGCAACUUCUCUUCUAAAACACAUAUAAUCUGCUUCAUAUGUGCAGCCUUACGCUGAGCACUUAUGAGUACAUGCGGUCCGAAUUACUUAAUGCUUUCUGAGCUCUGCUUCAUUCUCUUAUCUCUUGUACAGAACUGUCUCUACAGUCAAAAACAACUCACCACCCAGUGUUAAUAAAACUGCAGGUCUAA